CUCUCCUUCCUUCUCCUUUUGCUGAUGUGUCUCCCCCUUCCCUGUUUUCACACUCUUUUCCCUUCCCCAUAUCCACUUCCCUUCCCUUUCCAAACGACUAACUCUAAGACUCUACACUUCCACUUCCUAUAAAUAGUCCCCCCUUAUUUAUUUUCCUUUAUUUUUUCCCCAAUUUUUCAAAGAGACCAGAGAGAGAGAGAGGUCAGAGAGAUUCCUGUACCUGAACCUUUAAGAGUGGUAGGAAGCAGCAAUAUAACACAAAUGACGGAGGUUAAAGACCCGGCGAUUAAGCUCUUUGGCAGGACGAUUUCUCUCCCGCCCAACCGCCAUGCCUCCCCUUUUCAUCAUUCCUCUCACCAUCAUACUCCUCCUUCUCCCCGCCCUCAGGAGUUGUCAAGGAAUGAACUCACCUCAGUACAAGAUGAUGAUGCCUCCUAUCAAAGCACAGAGGAGUUAAAAUCUUCCUCUGCAUCUUCAGGCGUUUUUGAGAAUCCUAAGACCCCCUCAGCAGAAAGAGAGACAUCUUUAGUCAAAUCUACUAAACAUGGAGAACAAAGUGAGACAAGCAAUUUAGAAGAAAAAACUCCCAAAAAACCUGACAAGAUACUUCCAUGCCCAAGAUGCAAUAGCAUGGACACCAAAUUCUGUUAUUUUAACAACUACAAUGUGAAUCAGCCGCGUCAUUUCUGUAAGAACUGUCAGAGAUACUGGACUGCUGGAGGAACCAUGAGAAAUGUGCCUGUAGGGGCAGGUCGUCGCAAGAACAAAAACUCUUCUGCCUCACAGUAUCGUCAAAUAAUGGUUCCAAAGACCCUUCAGAUUGCCAAAGACGAAUCUGCCAAUGGAUUGUACAAUAGAGCAGCUGUCUUGACCUUUGGCUCAGAUUCUCCUCUUUGUGAUUCCAUGGUUUCUGUGUUAAACCUUGCAGAGAAAACGCAGAAUGGUGUUGUAAAUGGGUUUCAUUUACGCGAUCGAAAUAACUUUGUUGAUAAUGAGAAUGAUCAAUCCGUUGGAGCUUCUGGUACAGCUUCAACUUGUACGGAGAGGAAAGGCAAUGCUACGUUGCUGGAACCUGUAAAUAAUAUUCGUCCAGGUUUCUCAUGGCCUUGUCAAUGGAACUCAUCACAGUGGAGUUCUUCAAUCCCGCAAGGUUAUCCGGCAUCAUUCUGUCCCAAUGCUAUAUAUUGGGGUUGUACUUUGCCAGCUUCUUGGAAUAUACCAUCCAUCUCUGCACAAUCAUCUUCUGUUAACCAAUCAACCCCUAGCUCACCAUCUCUGGGAAAACACUCGAGGGAAGGGAACAUUAUCAAUCCAGUCAACUCGCCAAAAGAAAAUCCUAAUGUGGAGAGUGGCAGUUCAGAAAAUAGUGUCUUGAUUCCCAAGACUCUACGAGUUGGUGAUCCCAGUGAAGCUGCAAAGAGUUCUAUAUGGUCAGCAUUAGGGAUGAAGAAUGAGAAUGAAGGAGGGUUUUUCAAGGCAUUUCCUGCAAAGAAGGAUGACAAGAAACAUAUGGUUGAACCAUCACUGGUGUUGCAAGCCAACCCAGCAGCUUUAUCACGAUCUCGUACUUUCCAUGAGCAGAUUUAACGGCAAAGCCUCAUCAGAUUUCCAAUGACUGAGGCCUCAAUGAAACGAAUCUAGUGGAAUUCUUGCCUUUGGCCCCCUGCAAGUUUUUCUUGACCUCCUCUUUUCUGCAUUCUUAGGAACAGAAUUAUAGUUUAGCUUCCCUAGCUGCAAUGUUGAACCUGUUAUAGUUAACAGGUAUAGUUUUGCUGCAGAUUUAGAUGAUCUGUUAGUAAAUAUCUUGAUGUACAUACACAAGAGGGGCGAGAAAAAUAAUGAGGGAUGAAGAGAGAGGAAAAGAAAAGGAGAUUCUUGAGCUGAAAUCUAUGUCUUAAAAUGAAACUAUAAUAGUUCUUCUGAA